AUGUCCGAGAAAAUCGAGAACACGCUGAGUCGUCCCGCUCCUCAGGAACACAGCUUCAAGAAGGCAGCGAUCUUGUUUGCUGGUGGGCCCGCGCCCGCGGCCAACGCGGUGAUCUCGGCCGCGGCGGUCUCGUUCUUGCGGAACGGCAUUGAGGUGGUGGGCGUCAAGCACGGCUACUCGAGCCUGAUCAAUUACUCGAAGGACAAGCCGCUGGAGGAGGGGUCGGACUACGUGAUGAUCGAUCACCCGAUGCUGAGCCGGACCCGCAACCGGCAGGGCAUUAUGAUCGGCACUGCGCGGGCAAACCCCGGCAAGCUGGUGUCGUGCCCCGAGCACCUCAAGGACCCUGAGCGGGUGGCGCCGCUCAAGAACGUUUACGAGGGCCUUUGCUCGCUCGGCGUGGACGCGCUGGUCUCGAUCGGCGGCGACGACACCCUCAAGACCGCCAACAAGUUCAAGCUCUACCAGGACAGCCUACCCGAAGGCUCCAAGCGGAUCCCGGUGGUUCACCUGCCGAAAACGAUCGACAACGACUACCGCGGCAUUGACUUCACGUUUGGCUACUUCACCGCGGUCGACUUCCUCGCCCACGAGGUCCGCAACCUGCUGGCGGACGCCGAGGCGAACCAGAAUUACUUCCUGGUCGAGUCGAUGGGCCGCAGCGCGGGCUGGCUGGCUUAUGGCGUGGCGAUCGCCGGCGAGGCGAGCCUGGUCGUCAGCGUCGAGGACAUCCGUGGGAAGUUCCGCUCCAAGGAAGAGUACACCGAUUCCAAGGGCGAGUCCCACUCCCGCGACGUCAUGAACAUGGACGAGGUGGUCCGCCGCAUCGUGGCCACCAUGACCACGCGGGAACGCGAGGGCAAGAAGUACGGCGUCAUCGUCAUCGCCGAGGGCCUGGCCGAGCUGCUCCCGUACAAGUACGUCGAGGGUGUUUCGCGGGACGACCACGGCCACAUCAACAUCUCGGCAAUCAACCUGUACGAGCUGUUUGCGGAGCUGAUUGCCGCGGAGUACGAGCGGCAGACCAGCCGCAGACGCUCGGUCAAGCCGGUGCAGCUGGGAUACGAGGCCCGCUGUGUCGAGCCCCACGCGUUCGAUGUCAUGCUGGGCAGCCAGCUGGGAGUCGGCGCUUAUCGUGCGCUCGUUGAGAACCGGCUGGACGGCGUGAUGGUCUCCGUUGAGGGGCAGCUGCAAUUGGUGUACGUCCCGUUUGAGACCCUGGUUGACCCCGAGACACUGGUGACCGUGGUCCGCUAUAUCGAGCCGGACAGCGACUUCCGCAAGCUGACCCGCUUCCUCGAGACCUACGUCAACGAGGAAGACAUCACCCCGCGAGCAUCCUGGUCCCCUUGCCCCGAUUGCGAUUGCAUGUCGUUCCCCGAGCCGUUUUACCGCUGGCGUCCCCACCCCUGGCACGGACUAGAGGCUGGUCCCAACCCACCGGAGCUGGUGCAGGCCUACAUCGAGCUGACGCCGUUCGACCGGGUCAAGUACGAGCUCGACAAGCAGACCGGUUACCUGCGGGUCGACCGCCCCAACCGCACCUCGGCGUUCUCGCCGACGCUGUACGGGUUUAUCCCACGCACCUUCUGCGGCAAGCGGGUGAAGAGCCUGAUGCCGGGCGCCAAGGCCGGUGACGGCGACCCGCUCGACAUCUGCGUGAUCAGCGAGCGGCCGAUCACCAACCCGGAGAUCAUCCUCAAGGCGCGGGUCGUUGGCGGCUUGCCGAUGCUGGACAACGACGAAGCCGACGACAAGAUCAUCGGGGUGCUCGCCAACGACGCGAUGUGGGGCGAGGUGCAGGAGGUCGAGGACCUGCCGAAGGUGCUGGUCGAUCGGCUCCGGCACUACUUCAGCAUCUACAAGUCGCUGACGCCGGAAGAGGCCGCCAAGGUGCGGAUCGACCACGUCUACGGACGCGAGCACGCAUUGGAGGUGAUCAACGCAGCGAUGGCCGACUACCUGGAAGAGUUUGGCGAGUAA